GGCAAGAUGCUGAAGAGGCGAAUUAGGAGGAAUGCGCACGUGCACACGGUCACUCCUGGCCAAUCGUGUCCUCGGGAUUUUCUGGAAGCGCUUUCUCCUCCUCUUCGUGCGAGUAAGGAUAAAAAGCCUAUUUCACUGAAGCGCUUUAGCACACUUCUUUCAGAUACUCUCACGAUGCUGCAGCUGUUGACAUUCUUGGUGGAGAAGUUCUCGCUUCUCUUCAAGUUCAAACUCUUUGAGUCCAGCUGGUUAGAAAGCGAGCAGCGGGAGCGCGCCGCAGAGCGCGCUCCACCGGCGCCCCUCCGCAGGGGAGACGUGCUGGAGGUCCCCAGAUCCCUCUUCACUCACUUCGGCAUCUAUUUAGGUGACAAUAAAGUCGCUCACCUGAUCCCAGACAUACUCCCCGUGCUUACGAGCAACAACAAGCUCAUCAGUUCUGUCAUCACAAAUGAGAGACUCAUCCUCGGCUGCAUAUACAGGUGUGCCACGGUGCGCGUAGACACGCUGGAAGAUUUCGCGUACGGCGCGAACAUACUUGUUAAUCAUGUUGAUAAGAUGAUGACGACGCCACCUCUUCCCAAUGACACCGUCGCCAAGAGAGCGGAAAAACUCAUCGGAGCCUUUCCGUACAGUUUACUGUGGAGCAACUGUGAACACUUUGUGACAUACUGCAGGUACGGAGCAGCAAGGAGCCGACAAACAGAGCAGUUCUGUGAGUGCCUGAAAUCAGUCAUCAGGGAUCAGCGCACCGUCAUUGUUUCGGGGCUGCUCGGAAUGAUCUCUGUUGUCUACUUUGGUAUGGCCCCUUCAACUACAUUACCCACAGUUCUUAUUCCCUUCACUCUGUGGAUGGCUGGUUAAAAGGAGCUCAACACAAGAAGCUUGUCAAGAAGCUGAGAUUGACUUUUACUUGGCAAAGCAGGCUGACUGGAAACCUGUUUACAGUGUUGAACUCUAGCUUUUUGCUUUGCCACAAUAAUUUGAUUUUACCGUCCAGACAAUGUUGAAUGUUUUUUGUUGUUUCCACAUCAUUAUUUUUUAUUGUUCUCUCACAAAAAUGUGGGGACUAAAUAGUCUUUUUUGUUAGAAUGAUACA